UAAAAAUAAAAAUAAAAUAAUUAAGCGCGCGAUCACACAUGAUUUCAAAAGAAAUUAUAGAUAAAAAUGCUUAACCAUAUCCCCACAAACACAAAAGAUCAACAGCAACAGCUACAGCAACAGCAACACGAACAAAUUGUAUGCUGCUCACAUAAUCAACAGCAACUGCAGAUACAGCAACAACAGCAACAGCAGCAACAUUUUCCAACAACAAAGCAAUUGCCGCAUGGAAAAGUUUUCGGACAACGCCAACACCGCAAAGAUAGAAAUAAUUGCAGUUGCAGUUAUCAGCAACAGCAACAAAAACACAUUCGCCAUAGUUCAACAACAUUUGGCGUGAGCCACACAUACGGCAAUUGCGGCAAUUACAAAAACAACAUGCAACAAAUUUCCCAAACGCAUCUGUGCAAUUCCAAAACUAAUGUUGGAGAAAUUUUGAAAAAUCCGCAAAAACCUUUUGUAUCUGCGAAAUUAAAUCAACGGCAACGGCAACGGCAACGGCAAUUCGCACUUGACGAGGCUGCUUUAGGCCAAAUUCAAGUUAAGCUGUUACCGUUUCAGACGUUCGGAAUGCUCAAGUAUCUUUUGGUGUUUUUAGCGCUGUUGACAGUCGCCAGUUGUCAAG